CUACCGGUGUGCUGGAGCGCGUCCUCGUGCCAAUCCAGCAUCUCCCCUGAUUAGGAGAAGUGCCUCAGGCCUACAACUUGUUACAACAACUGACUCCAUGUACCGUCAGUCCCUGCCCAUCUGAUUGUUUUCAUUGCAGCAGUAUUUAAACCUCCAAUCCAAGGUCUAGCUCUCAUCCUGACUCUGCAGCAGAUUAUUCUUCCUCAACUCCUUCCUCACUUUCAGACACUCAAAAUGGCCACAGUUGGUGAGGUCAUCAAGUGCAAGGCAGCAGUGGCGUGGGAGCCCAACAAGCCUCUGGUGAUGGAGGAGAUUGAGGUAGCCCCGCCCCAGGCCAACGAGGUCCGCAUCAAGAUUGUUGCAACCGGGGUGUGCCACACGGACCUGUAUCAUCUGUUUGAGGGUAUGCAUAAAGACGGCUUCCCAGCAGUCCUUGGCCAUGAGGGAGCCGGCAUCGUAGAGAGCGUUGGGCCUGGAGUCAUUGAAUUUCAACCAGGAGACAAGGUGAUUCCUCUAUUCAUCUUCCAGUGUAAGGAAUGUCGCUUCUGUAAAAGUCCCAAAACCAACCAGUGUGAGAAAGGAUGGGCUGCUGUUCGUUAUGAUGUGAUGGCACCAGCAGAAUCCAGCUUUACCUGUAAGGGGAAGAAGAUUCUGCAGUUUUCAGGAACCAGUACCUUCUCUGAGUACACUGUGGUUAACCAGAUGGCUGUGGCGAAGAUCGACCCUGCUGCCCCUCUGGACAAAGUCUGUCUCCUUGCAUGUGGGGUCUGCACAGGAUAUGGAGCCGCCGUUAAUACUGCUAAGGUGGAACCGGGCUCCACAUGUGCUGUGUUUGGCCUUGGAGCUGUGGGUUUGGCUGCAGUCAUGGGCUGCAAGGCUGCAGGAGCCAAGAAGAUUAUCGCUGUUGACAUCAAUCCAGAGAAGUUUGAGAAGGCCAAGGUGUUUGGAGCGACGGACUUUGUGAACCCCAAGGAUCACAGUAAACCCAUCAGCCAAGUGCUGUCUGAGAUGACUAACGGAGGAGUGGACUUCUCUCUGGAAUGUGUCGGGAAUGUGGGAGUCAUGCGCAGUGCCUUGGAGUCCUGUGUGAAAGGUUGGGGUGUCAGUGUGCUGGUUGGCUGGAUGGACCUGUACGACGUUGCUGCCCGACCCAUUCAGCUCAUCGCUGGACGCACGUGGAAGGGCUCCCUGUUUGGAGGAUUUAAAGGUAAAGAUGGCGUGCCUCAGAUGGUUAAAGCCUACCUGGACAAGAAGGUGAAGUUGGAUGAGUUCAUCACUCACAACAUGACUUUGGACCAGGUCAAUGAUGCCAUUGAACUGAUGAAGCAUGGCAAAUGCAUCCGGACAGUCCUGAGCGUUUCUCCACAAUAACAACAUUGUGUUGCUUUCAAUGACAAACAUCAUUUAAUGGCCUAAAGCUACGUUGAACUGAAUCCUAAUGCAAUAUUCAUACGCACACAGUACAGUGCACAUAAUAUAGAGAUAUAUCAAAUUACAAACACUAAACAUACCUGACCGUGAACACGCAACACUAUGCAGUGGAUUACGUGCAGUUUGUGAGAAUCAUGAGCAAUGUUUACUUAACCUGGCAGGCAGUGUUGGAAUUGUAACUGUAUUAAAGUCCAACUGUAAUCAAAUUGUA